GGAGCAGCCUCCGCGCUGGGCGUUGAGGCCGGGGCCGAGUGAAGUGACACUGACACUGUGGGAGAGUGACCGUCACCGUCCGUCCCCGAGCAGCUAACUGCAGCUAGCUACCGACGGCCGCAGGGAGCCCGGCCAUGGAGAGCGGCGACCUGCGGGGAGCGGCGGCGGAGUACGCGCAGGACGGGUCCGUGGACCUGCGCGGCAACCCCGUGCUCCGCUCCAAGCGCGGCGGCUGGACGGCCUGCUCCUUCAUCGUCGUGUACGAGCUGUUCGAGCGGAUGGCGUACUACGGGAUCGCGUCCAACCUCAUCAUCUACCUGACGGACAAGCUCCACCAGGGCACCGUGGAGGCCUCCAACAACGUCACCAACUGGUCCGGCACCGUCUUCCUCACGCCGCUGCUCGGCGCCUACGUCGCCGACGCGUACCUCGGCAGGUACUGGACCUUCGUCGUCGGCUCCGCCAUAUACUUCAUGGGGAUGGUGCUGCUGGUGCUGUCGGUCACCCUGCCGGCGCUGAAACCGCCGCCGUGCGACGCGGGCGUCUGCCCGAAGGCCUCAGCACUGCAGCUCGGGGUCUACUUCGGCGGGCUGUACAUCGUGGCCUUCGGCAACGGCGGCACCAAGCCCAACAUCUCCACCAUCGGCGCCGACCAGUUCGACGAGUUCGACCCGCGGGAGAAGAUGCACAAGCUCUCCUUCUUCAACUGGUGGAUGUUCACCAUCUUCCUCGGCAUCCUCUUCUCCUCCACCGUCCUCGUCUACCUCCAGGACAACGUCAGCUGGUCCAUCGGGUACGGCAUCCCCACGCUGGGCCUCCUGGUCUCCAUCGCCGUCUUCCUCGCCGGCACCAAGCUGUACCGCCACAGGGUGCCGCAGGGCAGCCCGUUCACGAGCAUGGGCAGGGUGCUCGCCGCCGCGCUCUUCAAGUGGAACGUCCCCGUCCCGACCGACGCCAAGGAGCUGCACGAGCUGGACCUCGAGGUGUACACGAGGAAGCGCAAGUUCCGGAUGGACUCGACCAACUCCAUGAGGUUCCUGAACAAGGCCGCCGUGAAGGACGACGGCGGCGGCUCGCCGGCGAGGUGGAGCCUGUGCACGGUUACCCAGGUGGAGGAGACGAAGCAGAUCAUCAAGCUGGUGCCGCUCCUCGUGACAACGUUCGUGCCGUGCACGCUGAUCGCGCAGACCACCACCCUGUUCGUGAAGCAGGGCGCGACCAUGAACCGGCACAUGGGGCCGCACUUCCAGAUCCCGCCGGCGAGCCUCGGCGCGUUCGUCACGCUGACCAUGCUCAUCGCCAUCGUGGUGUACGACCGGGUCUUGGUCAGGGCCGUGCGGCGGUACACGAAGAACCCGCGAGGGAUCACCAUCCUGAAGCGGAUGGGCAUCGGCAUGUUCCUGCAGGUGGUGACGAUGGGGAUCGCGUCGGCGACCGAGAGCCGGAGGCUGGCGUACGCGCGGAGCCAUGGCCUGGACAAGACCGGCGGCGAGCUCGGGCUCACCAUCUUCGUGCUGCUCCCGCAGUUCGUGCUGAUGGGCCUCGCCGACGCGUUCCUGGUGGUGGGCAAUAUCGAGUUCUUCUACGACCAGGCGCCGGAGAGCAUGAAGAGCCUGGGCACGGCCAUGUCGCUGACGGCGUACGGCAUCGGCAACAUCCUCAGCAGCUUCCUGCUGUCCACCGUGACGCGCAUCACCCGCGAGCGGGGGAACGCCUGGGUCACCAACAACCUCAACGCCUCCAACCUCGACUACUACUACGCCUUCCUCACCGUGCUCGGCGGCAUCAACUUCCUGGCCUUCCUCGCGCUCAGCCGCGUGUACAGGUACAAGGCCGAGUCCACCGAGACGAUCGACAUUGUCAUGGGCCUGGAGGCCGAGAAAGCCAAGCUGCAGGCGGAGCCACUGGGUUGAUGAAGCAGGGCAGGAGAAGGGCCGCCGCCAUGACGCGAUCCGUCGUGUUCAUGCCUACAGCUUUGCGGCUCCACUGUUCCACUGUUGUGAAAAAAUCACAGGAUUUCUACAAGUAGUUUCCGUAUGACCGCAUGAACAGAUCAGGAAAAAGAAUACCAAAAGUUGUGUGCGAGAAAUGUCUGACAACAAAGGUCCUGCUUGGACACUUAAACUUGGUUAGAGGUUGCAGUUAGUUUCUAAUUCUAAAGUAUCUCUCAACAAACUCUAGCCAAAGAAGCAUUUGGAUAUAAGGGUUAGAUUGAUAUUAAAUGCACUUUACCAAUCAUUUAUCUC